AUGGCGUACGAACACCGCCCGCUGUCGCUCGAGGAUGCGCGGAAGACCUACCUGCCGUCGGACGAUGAGAGGGCGUACUGGCCGAAGUUCACGCGCGAGCACGUCGCCACGCACGCCACGCUGAAGGACGGGUGGUGCGUCAUACACGAGCGCGUCUACGACAUCACGCUGUUCGCCAUCACGCACCCGGGCUUUCACAACGCCGGGCAGGUGUCCACCGCGCUCGCCAUCACGCGCAGCCUCGGAAAGGACGCGACGGAGGAGUUCGAGUACGUGCACUCGAGACUCGCGUGGAAGCAGCUGCACGAUUUUCAGGUCGGGGUGAUUUACAGGCCGGACGAGGACGGCCCGGAAACGCCGGUGGACGCGCGGGUGGACCCUCCCGGCCAUCCCAUCCCGCACCGCGGUCCCGCGAGGCACCCGCUGCCGGAGUGGCUCGGCAUGGAGCGAGAUUUCUGGCAGAGGUACACGGGCGGGGUGACGGAGGAGGUGCUGGACUAUCUGGACGAGCAGGGAUACCCGCAGGAGCGAGGCGGGGUGGAGGAAGUCAGCGGAGGACGGUGGACGAAGGGUGGCGACGGGGUGGGCAAACGGGAGGAGACCCGCAGCAGCGUGGCUGAGGUGAUGGUCGCGGCGUCGGGGGACGAGAAGGAACAGAUGCGGGAGGCCAGGGCGGCGCACCGCGCGAGGUGGCGACGCGAGAGGGACGAGCGGGGUAAGCGGCGGAUGUCGCGGGUGGGAGGCGCGGCGGCGGCGGUGGCGGCGGUGGCGCUUCUCGCGCUGGGCACCCGGAGACGAACAAAGAGCGCCAAGCUGCAUACAGUAGCAGAGUCGGGGCACCCGCGCUCGUCAAUGACCGAGACGGAGGAGCCGAGCCGGCCGCGGAGGCCCCAGCGGCCGCCGCCGCGGCCGUCAAAGCCCGAGCCCAUCCCGACCGUGAUCCUCGUCCCGCUGCUGCUCGCGCUGCUCUCGCCCCUGGCGCUCGCGUGGGCACGAGCGCUGUCCGCGGAGUUUGGUGGCGGGCCCAACCGCUGCGCCAUGACGUAUAUGUCACCCGCGUACUUCCCCGUGCCCGUGAAUGCGUCCUCGACGACGUACGCCCUGUGGCUGUACCGCGAGCGCGCCGCGUCGACGCUCACGGCCGGCGGCGCGAUGGCCAGCGUGGGGAACGGGGGCGGGACGGGAUGCGGAUCGGCGAUCUGGCGCCCGGGGCGAUCGAUACCCGGCAUCUUCGUCCCGGGCAACGCGGGGUCGUAUCGCCAGGUGCGGAGCCUGGCGUCGGAGACCGCGAGACGUGUCGACGCGCGACGCGCCGCAUCCGGCGACGCACCCGACCCGGAGGGAACCGAGACGCGCGAGGAGCACGUCGGCGUGGAUUGGUUCACCCUGGAUUUCAACGAGGAGCUCAGCGCGUUUCACGGCGCCGUCGCGUUGCGCCAAACCGAGUUUGCGGCUUUCGCAAUCGAACGGGUGCUCGCGCGAUACCCCCACGGGACGCCGGUGAUCAUCGCGGGGCACUCCAUGGGCGGGGUCGUGGCGCGCGCCGCGCUGUUGGAGCUCAACCGGGCGACGACACGGCGCACGGCCGUCGACGCCACCGUCGUCACAAUCGCCACGCCGCACGAAAAAUCACCCGCAGCGACGCAACCCGCCGUCGCGCGUUUUUACGAACGCACGAACCGCGCGUGGGCGGACGAACGCAACGUGGACGUGACGUCGCGCGUCGCGAUCGUGUCAGUCGGCGGCGGCGACGCGGACAGGCAGGUGAGGCCCGCGCGUGCGAAGCCGCCGACGGCGUGGACGAAUGGGAUGAUUGGAAACAGAAGAAAAAGAUUCAACGUCACGCACGCCGUCGCGGGCUCGAUACCCGGCUCCACCGGGGUGAGCGCCGACCACAGGUGCGUGGUUUGGUGCCAGCAAAUCGUCGUCCCCAUCGCGGAAACGUUGCUGGACGUCGCGUCCGACCAACGACCCGACGACGCGGUCGGUCGCGUCGCUCUCGCGCGAACUCGGCUCGGACCGACGGACGAAGAAAACCAAAAAAACCAAACACCGCAAAAACCAAAACCAAAGGGCACCGCCCGGCUCGACGCCGCCGCCGCGCUCGCGCUCGAUCGGUUCCCUUCCCUCGUCCCGAUCAUGCUCGCGUUGGCGAUCGACGCGCUCGUCGUGCCGCAGACGACGCGGAGGGGCGGGUUCGGCGUGGAGGGUCAGACGGUGAGGGGCGCGGUGUCGCUCUUCGCGGCGCCCGUCUUCGUGAGGUCCCGCGUCGUCCUCGUGUUCCUCCUCGGCGGGUUCAUCGGAGGGGGGAUGGAUCCAUGGGGAGGAACGCACGACGGGGUAAGGGGUUGGGCACCACUUGGGGUUCUUCGCGGGGUUCUAAGUGGGGUGUUAAGUGUCCCGGCGAACCUGGCGUCGGCGUUUGCCGCGUACGCCUUCGCCGCGGCCGCGCUGACGCUCGAGGCUCUCGCGCUCGACGCCGUCGUUCGUUUAUCGGCGAAAAUAUACGUCAAAUAUGUACGGGGUCCCUCCCACGGACGAAGGCGGACGACGCGUCGAAAGGAUGGGGACGUCACGACCGUCGUCGACGUCUCGCGGCGGGGUUUCCACGUCCCGUUCAUCGCGACGGUCACGGCGACGUUCGUCUCGAUUUGGUGUCCUGGCGCGGGCGUCGCCGUGGCGUUGUUGGCCCGGCUCGCGUCGGCGGUGCGGACCGCGUCCGUUGGGUUGGGCCCGCACCCAAUCGCACCGGUGAUAGACGACUUCGGUGAGGGCGACGCUGCGCGGACGUGCGCGACGCUGCGUUUGCUGCUGACGUGCCAGUCCGCGUCGAUGCUCGCGCCUUCGUUUGUCGCGACGGUUCACGCGCUCAUAAACAGUUCGAGCGGCGGAGAGUGGACACGGCUGGCGUCGUUUGUUCCCGUCGCGCGCGCGGGGUGGGAGGACGUGGUGUUGGCGGUGUGCACGGCGGCGCCCGCGGCUUUCUUCGCGUUCGCGCCCUCCGCGUACGCGACGCUGGAGGUGGACUGGACGUCGUUCAACGAGCUCCCGCCGGCGCCUGGCACGGCUGUGUCGGCGGCGGCUUCGUCGAGGGCGGUACGGCCGGGGGACCUGGCGACGCUCACGGGUUACGUGGCUGCGGAGGCGAUCGCGUUGAGGGCGGCGGCGCCCGGUUGCGCGCACUGGGCGCAGCACGCGGCGGCGGCGGUGACGGUGCUUCCGCUGCUGGCGGGGAGCGCGGCGACGGCGUGGUCGGCGCGGGGCGUUUUUUCGGGCGGGGCUCACUCGAGGGGCGGGGCGGACGACGGGCGAGAUGGCGGUUCGACGGGAGCGCGGGGGUCGGGCAAGCCUAAAGCGGAAUAA